CUGCCUGCCUGUGGGUCCGUUUGCCUGCCUGCCUGCCUGCCGUGAUAAUGAAGCUCAGAGUGCCGCCCGAAAAGGGGCGUGCUGUGUGUGGUAGGAGACAUGGCUUUUGACCGCUAUGAGCCACACACCGACGAACAGAGAACGGAAGCGCAGGGUUUGCGAAGUGCUCGGAUCACACACACGUGGGCUGCGCGGUUUUGUUUGGGAGAGAGAGAGACAUGCAGGUGGACAGACACACACCCACACACAAAUACUAAUUGAAUGCAUGGACGCACAGCUGGCUACGGUGGUCUCAGUGUCGCAUUGAUAUGGCACACACACACAUACAUCUACACAUCUAUCUGCAAAGGCAAUCAAUGAGUAUGGAAAAAAUGCAUGCAAUCACAUCGGUAGCUUAAGGCACAUCACAUGCAGCCAUGCACAUACAGACGGUCACAUCCGCCAUCAACCUGCCAUUUCGGAGGAAUGGAUUACGUCCUACAUCGGGACUCACACUGUAGGCACCUAGCUGUUCCCUACUGGCUGUCGUAGCUAGCCGCGUUGAUCCAUCCAUCCACUCACUGCCCCAGCCAGAGAGCUGUCAGUCAGUCAGUCAGCAGCUCUUCUCUGGCUUGACGUCGGUGAUAUGCGGGCCGUCUAGGUCGUCUCGAUCAUUGUCCUCAAACAUGAAGCUGACGACACACAAUACACACCAUAUGGCAUUCAAAUGUAUGUGUAUGCUGCCCCCAUGGCAUGUCAGUCUGUGGGCAUGUACGUGCGGUGACCGACUCCCUCCCUCCCUCCCUCCCUCACCCGUAGUAUACGAGCUGUGAUCCCUUGCCGCAGGUCGGGUCGUGUCUGUCGGACGGCACCUCGAACCCCAUCAGACGCAGUGCCACCGUCUUGUUCUUGACACACGCAAACAGACGCUCCUGACCACCACACAAUCACACACACACAUACACACACGCGCACAGAGGGCAUGGUACCAUGUUUGGCGGUGUCGUCUGCGCUAGUGUGGUCUGACUUUGUUUUCGGUGUAUGGGUGAGCGGAUGUCUCGAUGACGCUGUCAUUGUCGUCGACGUCCACCAGUUCCAUGUCGAUGUCAGCCGCCUGCAGGUCGGGCAUCUCAUGGUUCUCGUCAAACCUGGCAUUACCACCACACACACACACACAUUUGAUGUGGCUGAUCGGGCCUCCAUCUCUCUCUCUGUGGUGAAGUUCAGAUGCAUACCAGUAAGCGACGGCCUUGAAGAUAUCGACAUCUUCGGAGAUCUUCUUGCCCUCGUUGAUCUCGAGCGUGAACUGCUCCCCGUGGUCGAUGCAGGUCUUGCCCAUCAUGACCUGCCACGGCGAGUCCAUCCCGUCGCUCGUCCACAGCCGCAUGUUGAGCACACCCGCGCCCCACAACGGAGAGAACCCAUUCUUCAUCUGCAGCUCGCCUCUCUCGCCAGACCGCCCGUCGCCCAUCAGCAAAAAGGCCGUGUAGAGCGUCCCGGGGUCCGUCCAGAAGUUCUUGACCCCAAACAGACCACCCGCAUCGGUCGUCGUCCCGUUGGCCGGCGCCCUCUCCUCUGUCGAAUUGUUGUCGCCGUUUUCGCCUUUGUAGUUCCAGGCCAUGUCGAGGAAAGUCGUCAUGGCGCCCGCAACCACAGGGGCGGCGAAUGACGUCCCGCCAGCGGAGAAGUCAAAGCUGUCAUAGAGGUCGGGCAUCGACGAGAAGGCCCCCUGGGCACUGAUGUCGACGACCGACCGGUUGGGGCCGUCUCCGCGUGACGAGUAGGCCCUCAUCUCCUUGGACUGACACCUCGGCCCGAAUUUGUCCUUGUCGCUGUCAGGGCCCAGUGAGCCGACCGAGAAGAUGGUGUGGCCUGCCGGGCGGGUGGUGGUGCACGCGCAGUCACGGGCGUCACAUUCGUGCCCCCCGUUGCCCGCCGACUUGACGAACAGCACACCCAUCUUGAAGAAGCGAUUGUACAGCCGGUCCUCUGCGUGGGUACCUGAAUGAACACCGACCCGACCGGCAAGUACACGCGUGCUCGUCUUCUCGGCACAUCUGUAGCUGCCUUGCGUUCUCAUCUGACUGACCGGAACAGUCCUUGGGUAUCUCUGCAGGGUUGGUGCCGAAUGAGCCGUUGAUGACCAUGGGGCACUUGCCCUUGGCCAACAACUCGGCCAGCACGUCGAGCACCAAAGGUGUGGCAGACGGCAGACCAGCGGUCCGAAAGAAGUAUAUCUCAGAACCUGAUUACAUACACAUACACACACCCACACCCACACACGUGCUUGUUGAGUCUGCCGAUGCGCCAUGAUGGUAAGCACCGACCAGGGGCAGAUCCAGAGUUGACGGCAUCCGACGAGUAGAAUCCCGCUGCGUUCCCGGCCACUCCCGUGGCGUGGGGGUCCUCGAUAGCCUCUUCGAAGCCGGUGACCACCUCACAGCUGUCGGCCUCCGCACAGUCGAACAGAUGGAUUUUGCGGGCUUCCCCCUCCUCCGACCUGCUCGAGGCAAAGACGGGGUGCUCCUCCCUAAUGCCACCGAUCUCCAUGAUGGCGAUGGGCACGUGUUGGGCGUUGCGGAAGCUCCCUGACCCGUCGAAGCCAGCGUCAAUGAAGUGCUGCAGCUGAUGGUUGGCCCCCGAACGGACAUCGCCCGGCGCGCACCUCUCGCGGCUGACCAGCUCCUCGGCCACCUCGCCGCUCUUGGCCCGAGGGACCUCUCGCGGCACGUUCUUCGCCUUACGCGUCAGCUUAAUGUCCUCCUUGCCCACCUCCUGUUUGUCCUCGUCGGCGUCUGUUGACGCAUCUUCACUGACGUCCUCGGCUGCCGGCUCGUCGUCGUCCUUUGCAUCGAUGGGGGUGUCGUCGUCGUCGUCCAUGAGGAUGUCUUUGAGCGGGGCGAGGAUGCCGUCAACGUCCAGGAAGCCCUUGCUGCGUUGCGCCCUCUCUGCUCGAAGCAGGUCAGUCAGCUCGCUCAGCUGGGCGGUCGUGAGGGCGCCGACGAUCUCUCUCGCCAGCCUCGCACCCCUCGACCGCCCGCCGGACGAGCGAGACUCCUCCCGCUCGCUGCGCAGCGACGAAACGAUGUUGCCGAGGAGGUCGAAGCCCUCGGUCUGGCUCUCCUCAGUGUCCCUGCCGACGAAUACCACACACAUGUCUGCCUUCUCUUCGUUGGCACACGCCACGCAUCGCAUGGAUACCUGAAUAUCUCUUCCACUGCAGGCUCGUUGGCGAUGGCAGGGAUGGCCACUGCAGGCACUCUGGCGCUGACGACGGGCGUCGAGCGAUACAGCCCCGUCACCUUGGCACCGUGCUUGGUCUUGAGCCGGUCAGCGAAGGGGCGCACCAGCUUGGCGACCCUCUCCUCCUCCUGCUUGAAGAGCCGCUCGUAGUGCUGGGGGAUGUCGCCGUCCUUCUGGAUGUGGCCCUUGCCGAUGGCCCACUCGAUCUCGCUGUGCCAGUAGCGGCCCUUGCUGCCGUUGCUGCUGCUCUCGGGGUCCUUGAGAGAGAUGAGGACAUUCAUCACCUCACCACCCUUGCCUUCGCGCAGGUGGGUGCGCAUGAUCUUGCCCGUCUCCUGCUCGAUCUUGCGGCUGGCCUCGGUCUCGGUCAUCAUUGCCGGCCCGUCAGACGUCGAGAGCACGGUCGCCAUCAUGGCCUGGUUCUCGUCAGACAGGCCGGCAGUCUUGACAGCGGCCUCGCCUGACUUGGCGCCCUCCUUGGCGCGCUUCAGCUGCUCUUUUCUGGCCGAUGACAGCUUCCCCCUCUUGAGUUUCAUGACGCCAGCGUCCGUCCAGUCCAUCUUGGACACAGCGGCACCGCCCUUUGCCUCCGCCUCCUUCUUGGUCACCUCGUUCCUCCCCCCCGCAGCCGCAUAGAUGGCGUAACGCAUCCCGCUCGGGUCGUCCUUGGUCUCAUAAAGGGGCACCUUAUCCCCCUCCCCCUCGCUCUCAGACCUCGCCCCUCCGCUGACAAUCGUGCUGCGCCAUGCCUGCAGAGGGUGCCUCACCGGCCGAUCGCCGUAGUCUUGCGCAAAGGCCAGGGGGGAAGAAGAGAGCACGAAAUAGGAGAGGGUGAGGACCAGCCAUCUCCUCGGCUGGGGGAGAGCCGUUCCCGCCAUUCCGCAGCUCUCGCGGCGGCGUCUUUUCACAGCCACCCUGUGAGGAUGACCUCGAACACGAUGGCGAGUAUCGUCUCCACACUCAGCGGCUCCAUGCACACACCCCGCUGCUGAUGCGCACAACACCUGCGCCAAUC